UCGAAAUUACCCGAGACGCGAAGACUCGCUAACGAACAAAAUCGGAGAGAACGAGUAGACGUUUCAAGCUUAUAAGCCGAGUCCGGAACGAUAAUCGGAAGAUGAAUCAUCCUGUCUUUGGGCCAGGCCUCAGGAAGCGUGACGCGUCUCGGCUUUGUUUAACUUAUCUCAUUCUCGGUUACGUAAGUAUUCCCGUAGUAAUAAUCUACUACUUGUGUGUGCCUACAGUCUGUACAGCGAUUCAAAAUAAGGACGCUGAAACGCGAUUCCACGCGCGAGUCACGCAUUAAAUCGCAUAAUACUGUAAUGGCGAGUCGGUCAAAGUCCCUACCGCGUAUAACAAUGAAAUCGUGGUAGCCGACCGAAGACUUUGAUGACUUUUUAAUCGGUUUCAGUUUCAGUUACGGUUACGGUUACGGGUUACGGGUUACGGUUACGGUUACGGUUACGGUUACGGUUACGGUUACGAUUACGAUUACGAUCGAUUGCGUGAGAAUUUCAAUGUCCUACAUUCUGUUCCAGACACAUCGAACGUGUUACCUUUGACAAAAUGAUCGCAAGUCGAUUUAAAUAUUCCCUCGCUAGCUAUUCCAACCGAACUGAAAUCUACAAGAGUAUCGUCACACGGAAGCAGGACUUUGAAUAUAACCUGUGUGCGAGAAGAAAGGCUCGCGCGAUACGAUGCACCGAGACAUCGUGUCUUGCUAUUCGCUACACUCUACAUUCUACACGAUACAUACAUAUACGUAUACGCGUUCGUAUUGUAAUACAAUGUACUGGGCGCGCAGGUGUAUGGCUCGAAGAGUUCCUUUAUGCUUACGUGCAAGAAAGAAGGAGACCAACAACGGAGAAACGAUUCUAACGUAAUGUUCACUUUAGAGAGCUCCUAUUACGUUUCGUACGAGAGAGUGGUCCGACACCGUCCGACAGUUAGAUGGGAACUUUGGUGAAGUUCAGAUCGCUGAUCACGCACAAUAGGAUAGGAAAUAUGUAUAUCCAGUGUAGCACAUUUCGUUGCAUCGUAUCGAUGAUACGCACGAGCCUGUGCGGACGCGAAUCUAUGUGAUAUCGCGGGAAUAUACGUAUCUGUACAAUAAUACAAUAUAUACGAUACGAUACGGUAUAGUAAUACAUACGUAUCGUACGAUAUUCUCGAACCGAUCCGAGUACACCAUAGUGAAACUGUAAAACAUGAUCAAACGGAGAUGUGCCCUCUUCUCAUUCUCGGUCGUAUUUCAUUUAUUUAGUAUUCUCGAACAGUGUUUCCGAUUCCAGUGUCUAACGAUCGAUAAUCGCAUAGCCGUUCUUGGAAAUGAUUGUUACGCAAGAAUAUCCGUCGGGUCCAAGUUAUCCGACAUGGACAUCGUUUUGCGAGUCGAGGUCGCAAGCUUAACAGAAUGCGAGGAACAGUGUUCGCAAAGCAAAUCUAUUUGCAAUUCGUUCACGUUUGGCGUUGGUGCAAAGGGUAAUGGUACCUGUGCAUCGAGCACACGCAUACCGGACCUCGAAGAUCUGGUAAUCGAUCCCGACUACGAUGUCUACGUGAAAAAACGACAAAGUUAUCCAUGGUGUAAUGCCGCUCGUUCCUACGGCCGUUUCACCGUCGAAUCUGCCGACAGAUCGAAUACAGAAGGACACGAUACACCCGAUCGUACCGACGAUAGUUCUUCGCGAAAACCGAUAAAACCCCUGUCCUCGACGUUCUUUCGCACCUUCUCAACUCCGAGACUAAAGAGUGAUUAUGGAAAAGCAAACCAUGGAUUCGCUGGCGUCGACGAUCCACUCGUCGAUCGUAACGGACGUUUUCUUCCCAGCGACGACAACCGUAGGGUCUUGGACAUUCUCGCCAAUAGGAAUCAACAGAAAUCGUCGAACAAUCCUUUCGAAUACGUGUCCGGUUUAUCUUUGAAUUUUCAAUCUUCCGUCAGCGUUGGUGCAAAGGGUAAUGGUACCUGUGCAUCGAGCACACGCAUACCGGACCUCGAAGAUCUGGUAAUCGAUCCCGACUACGAUGUCUACGUGAAAAAACGACAAAGUUAUCCAUGGUGUAAUGCCGCUCGUUCCUACGGCCGUUUCACCGUCGAAUCUGCCGACAGAUCGAAUACAGAAGGACACGAUACACCCGAUCGUACCGACGAUAGUUCUUCGCGAAAACCGAUAAAACCCCUGUCCUCGACGUUCUUUCGCACCUUCUCAACUCCGAGACUAAAGAGUGAUUAUGGAAAAGCAAACCAUGGAUUCGCUGGCGUCGACGAUCCACUCGUCGAUCGUAACGGACGUUUUCUUCCCAGCGACGACAACCGUAGGGUCUUGGACAUUCUCGCCAAUAGGAAUCAACAGAAAUCGUCGAACAAUCCUUUCGCGGUGACUUGUCAACGCAAACUAGAACCUGGUAAGAAGACGAUGGAACUGCUUGUCGAGCGUGUCGUUGAUUGCGAAAGCAUGCAGGAGUGUCGUCGCGCGUGCGAUCGCGAGAGGACGUUCGACUGUAAAGGUUUCAACUACAGGCACCAGGCAAAUGGGUCGAAGAGUGCGUGCGAACUGAUAGCUACACCAUACUUUCGCAUGAACGUCGACAAAGACUUUUUAAUCGAUUCCCGAUACGAUUACUACGAAAGAAAUCGAAAUUGUAUGCCCUUUGCGGGAAGCGACGCGGAAGAUACUUUUCUCCAACGAAACCGACCAACCGGAGCAUGGCCGCGGAUCGAACAGGACAACGCGAACGGCGAUAGCGAUCUCUUCCGGCAGCAGUCUCUUCCUACAGACUUUUCGCGUCAUCGAACGAUGUAUCCAUCGAUGACGAGCGACCAAUUUAUUCGGGACUCGUUCGCUAAGCACGAGUUUGGUUUCCGUCGAACCGCAGCUUCCAGUUGGUACGGUAACGAGAGAAAUUCGGAAGGUAGCCCUGUUCUUGGCAAUUCUUUCCGCGACCACGUCCACGAUGGAUUUUCGAACGUAAAAUCGACGGUAUUUCCCGACUACCGUUUAGACGAGAGAUCGUUGCAACGCGAUACUUUCUAUGCACGAGACAACGAACAUUCCUCGGAGAAAUUCUACAAUUACGGCAGCGCGUUCGGAUACGACGAUAGUUACCACGUGCCUGCUGUUGCGCCCUCGAAAGACUAUGGUUUCGGGGAUACACGCGACGCGACACCAACCGGACGAAGAUGUUUCAUUACGUAUGCAACCGGCUCGAAGCUCGGUAGACACGUUUUACGAAAGUCUUGCCUCGCGCGCGACCCGAAGCAAUGCGAACAACUUUGCCUCGCCGAAACAGCCUUCGUCUGCGGAAGCUUCGCUUACAGAUACAAUGUGUUAACUACAAAUCCCACCGACAAUUGCUUGUUCAGCGAUCUUUCGCAUAAAGAUAUCAGCUCUUACACGGAUCUCGAGCCAGAUCGAGAUUACAACGUCUUCGUACUGGUGGAAGAUCCAAAUGUUUGCUACUCGAAAGAAGAAACGAAUCACCUGCCCGCGGAAGAAUGUUUCUUGAGAGUGAGGAGCGGAUUUGGUAUACCGGCGGACAUAGCGAGAAAGUCAACGUUCGCGCAUAAUUUGGGAGAGUGUCAGUUUGCCUGUACAAUGUCGCAAGAAUUUGUCUGUAGAAGCUUCGUCUUUGUUUACGCGACAACGAGACACCGCGAGCGCGGUCCAGAGCGCGGUCGUACCGAUCCGAAUUGUUUUCUAAGCGAUUGGCCAUCGGGUAACAUCGAUCCUGUCGAUAUGCCCGAUAUGGAUGGCGCUGAACUGUACGAAAGAAGCAGCCUCAACCACGGCUGUAGAACGUAUCCUUUGGUACCAACGGUUCCCGAGUUAGUCGCAUUCUACGAAAAGGGAUCCCAUUCGACGCAUUCCGACGAACUUUGUUAUACUCGGUAUCACAAGCCGUGCAAAUUAAUGUCUCACGCGAUAGUGACUUCGACGCGGACUCCUACGAAAUCGGAGUGCCGCCAAAGGUGCUCGUCGAUGAGAUACGCGGGUACGAUACCGUGCAUGUCGUUCAACUACAUGGGGACUAGCGCCGACGAUACCCGACACAAUUGUUGGUUGAGCGACAUAUCCAUACAAGACCUAAGACCAAAUUUAGACUAUACCCACGACGACAACCAUGUAUUAUAUAUGUGGAAAGAUCUCGAACCAUCUUGCGGGUUUUCAACGAAUCCGCUUUACGAGACGAACGUCGCGCCCACAUUCAAAGACCGUGGACAACUUUCGGCGUCGUUUCCUCCCACGUUGGAUCGGUCGAAUCCGCAGAUCGUAUUCGAUGAGAAGAUUGACGGGACCGGAUCGGCUUUUCGUUCCCUUUCGCGGACAAGUAAUCGACUUCAGCCCAAACUGUACGGACGCGAUUACGAGCGAGUCGAUGGCCACGAGACAGACCUCGGCGACGUCGGCAGCCACAAUGGUGGUGAUGGUGGUGGUGGUGGUGGUGGUGGUGGUGGUGGUGUCCGACCAUCGUCGCCCGACGAUCGUUUCGAGUCUGGAGUACCCGGAGCGUCUGGGUUAGAUCUACAGUUCCACUUUCACUCACGUACACUUUCGACGUUCCAACGGUACACGGUGAGCGGACACCCUUGCAGGAACGGCACGCUUUGUCAACGAAACGAGGUGGCUGGCUUUUGGUCCUGUGAAAUCGAUGGAAACUCUGAAUACGGUAGCUGGGAUUAUUGUUGCGAACCUGAUCACAAAUGCGGCUUCUCGCAAGGAUAUCAUUAUCCCUGGUGCUACGUAGGUUUCGAUCACGACCAAUGGCGGCCUUGCAGCGAAACCUAUUAUCCCUAUUAUUUAUCCAAAGAUCAUCUUUCGUUCUAUCGCCAAUUACCAGCGUAUUCUGCUCGUCAUUGGCCCGUCAUCUAUCAACACGAAACGUUACCGUCGGACUGCGCUGGCAACGUUACGGAAAAUGAAAGCUAUCAUGAUUAGAAAUUCGAAGGAAUUUCGAUUAUCCGGACACAAAUCGACGAAAACUUACUUCGGCUCUUCUGUCUUUUGUUGCACUAAUCGUUCGAACAUGUUAACUUCUCUAUUACGAUGUAUUUCGUCGCAUAUAUGCAAAACCUGUACAAGAAAUACACAAACAUUUAUUUUUCAGAA